AUGGCAGGUAAUCAACCCAAGCAAGGCAAUGAAAAUGAAAAGAAACCUGAAAUCCAAGAGCGCGAAAGAUCUUCCAAAUCUGACACGCGCUUCCUCUCGCAACCUCCGACGGCGAUGGUCGCUCCUCCCGAUUGGCCGCCCCGGCCAGACAUCUUUGACGAGGUGCUUCUACGAAAACCCAUCACCCCAGAAAGAGCUCAUGAUGCUUAUAUGGCCUGGAAUCUGCCUGAUCAAGCCCUUGGUCAGGCCUGGAAGCAAUGGGAAGCGAAUAAACAGCGCCCAUAUCCUCGACCUCCUGACAAAGACCUGGACAUUCAUGUCUUGGCACACAAUGUGUACGAGCAUCUGAUGAGCGAUCCCCUCAUCCCAAUGGCCUGUGCGAAAGGAAAGCAAAGAUCCAAAGAGCAAGGCCUUGACCAAAAGUAUGAUUUUUCCAAGAACAUGCAGCAAACGAAACAGGCGGCUAUCGACUCGGGCGGCCUUGGAUACUUGAAGUUUCUCGAUUUGCCCCAGCUUCAAGCAGAAUGCAAAGAAAAGGGACUGGAUACUUCCGGAAAAGCAGCUGAUCUCAAAUCCCGCAUCAUAAACAGCACCAUGGACAAGUGGUCUGGAAUGUUAUUGAAGAGCGACCUUUCUCACUGGCGCGUUCAGCGAUCCGAGAAGUAUACUCUGGAACCCUGGAACAGGCCUAAAGCAAAUGCGUUGGAAAUGUACACCGCUGCAAUUCAGAUUAGUCCCUACAACCCGACUUACUGGGUCAGCCGUGCCUACUGUCAUUAUCAGCUGGAGUACUUCGAUCUGGCCAUCGGUGACGCCUACCGUGCACAGCUUCUCUGCGAUGUGCUUGAACAAUCCUCAGAGCGCAAUCGGAGGCCUGGAUUCUACGCACGAAUUUGGGAGGCAAUUGAGGCGCACUUGAUGGUCCUUCCCCGUGACAAAACUGGGAAGCUCAAGCCUGAAGUUACUCGCAUGCGAAAGGCGAAUGGCAUCAAUGUUUUUGUGCCUACUCUCCAAAAAUCGCUCCACGGCAUCAUCAGUCUUAGCCUUGCCGGACUCAACGCAUGGAAUGACUACCGUGAUCACAUGAGGAUUCUCGAAACCAGGCUGGGAAUGCCCGAUCGAGAUGUACGAGUGCCACAGCUUCGCAACAUUUUGAGUGAAAAGGCCGCCCAUGUCUACCGUAACCAGACUCAAUACAAGAAGAAGCUCUUUUUCCACGAGCACAGUGCGGGCGCAGUUCAAGCCAGUCAACCUUAUCCAUUUGAGAAUCAGGAUCUCGAUCGCACCUCCUCGUCAUUCCUUGACAUACUUAAUCAGAAUGUUUUUGACAGCACCGGCACCAUGGGUAAAGACUCACCAGCCUGUCAUGCUGCCAAGUCUGGUGGUAUGCAGGAAAUCGGUGUCUUCGCCAGAAGUGCGAUCAAGCCAGGCACCAUCAUCCAUGCAGAAGAGCCGACGAUCCGAGGGCAUCUCCCGCCACGGCGCUUAACCAAGGACAUGCACGGAAAAGCGCAUGAUAAAAACCGAUGUGAGAACUGUCUCAAAGAGAUCAGUCCAGCAAUGGUGAGACAACAGACAAAGACGACAAAUAAGUGCCCAUGUUCUGAGAAAUGGCUGCGCCAGCCCGGCACACCCGGCCUGACAUUCUGCAAACCAAGCGCAAGAUCGAAGAAUUCGGAAAAGAGCUGUCUGGAAAUUGCACGCGAGCUCCAUCAUUUUAGUAGCUGCGGCAAGGACUGGCAAUGGCUGUAUGAUGCGAUGCGGCCUGUUGCCAGCAUAUGGAAUGAGCAACAGUACAUUUCCCACACAAAUGAAGGACAUGGAACUACGCUUAUGCUUCUUCUACGCAACGUGUUUGAGAUUGCGCUACAUCGUCGGCAAGAGGAACCAGAUGAUGAAAUGCGACUCAAUGCGCAUGAAAUUGAUGAGCUCCUCGUCCUUGAUGGAAAUAGCAAAUCUUGGAGAGACAGUUGGUUCCCCUUCAACAUGGCAGCGAACAUCAAGGUUCCUUUCGACAUCCUUGAAGCCCUGGGAGUGGAUAUCUUCCAGCGUCCCGAGUUUGAUACAUGGGUCAUUCAGAUCAUCCUACGAAAGCUGCUGGUCAACGCUGUGCCUUGGGAUCCACGGCGCCAGGGCAAUGUAUCCGACAGAUUGGAGACUGAUCGAGAUAAGAAGCUGCAUAGUCCAGAAGCUCAGUUUCAGCGCAUGAAGAAUAAAGAGCCACUCAAUGAUCUUGAUCCGUCUUUGGCGAACUUGUACCUCUUCCCGGGGCUGAGCAUGUUCAAUCAUUCCUGCGAGGGCUCUAAUAAUGCAGAUUGGGGCUAUGACACUGUGAUACCCAACCGCGUCAUCGUCUGGGCUACCAAGGACAUUGCCAAGGGAGAAGAAAUUCGUAUCCGCUAUCGAAACCACGCGAUCAGAUCCCAUAGGCGUGCCACCCGACUCUUUGGAGGCCCAUGCUGCUGUCCUCAAUGUCUUAAUAAUUCACCACGCCCAGAAACCCCCGAUGCGGAGAAUUUUACUGACCAGACAUUCUCCUCCUCCGAACCGGAAUCCGAACCAAAGCCCCAGGAGGUCCAAAGCGGACUCUACGGCGGCGCCCGCCUUUCGUGGCAAUCGACGGCUCUGAAUUACGAUGACACGGUAGAUUCUCGAGAAGGUGACAGAGAAAAGGCCGCUCGUCAAGAACGUGCUGUUGUCGAGAAUGGUAAAGUGGUGAUCUACCGUGACCUUACGAGCCCAAGUCCACUGAAUCCAAGGACGCGCAAGAGAAAGAGAGGCGAUCUCGAUGGUGACGAGAGCUGGAAGAAGAGUAAGAGAGGCGAUGACAGUGCUGACAGGAGCUGGGAUAGCUGGGAUUCUCCGGGUAGGAUCGUUGAUAUACAUGGCAAAGAAUUGAAAGUCCCCCGGGAUCCGGAGAAGCGGGCGGAAUUCGCUCGGAAGUACAGGGAGAAGUUGAGAAAGGGAUUCGAGAAAGCGGAGGCCCAAGCGAAGAAGAAAGCUGCUGCAAAACGCAAGAAGUAG